UCGCACUUUUUAAGUAAACAGACCUGUAAAUUUGCAAAAUGCCAAAUAGUCCUACUAAAGAGCAAGCUCAUGCUAAUCCUGACGAGCAACAAUAUUUGGAUUUGGUCAGUCGGAUUAUAGAGCGUGGUGUACAACGCGAUGAUCGCACUAAUGUGGGCACGCUCUCCAUAUUCGGCGCACAAAUGCGUUUUGACAUUAGGAAUUCGUUUCCGCUGCUGACCACCAAAAAGGUAUUUGUACGCGGCAUUAUCGAGGAGCUUUUGUGGUUUGUUAAAGGCCAGACCAAUGCCAAGUUGCUGCAGGCAAAGAACGUGCGCAUUUGGGAUGCCAACAGCAAUCGUGAGUUUCUUGAUAAAUGCGGCUUUGUGGACCGUGAGGAAGGUGAUUUGGGUCCCGUGUAUGGUUUCCAGUGGCGUCACUUUGGUGCGGAGUAUCGCACCUGUAAUGAUGAAUACAGCGGCCAAGGCAUUGAUCAGCUCCAGGAGGUUAUUAAUACCUUGCGCAAGAAUCCAACUGAUCGUCGCAUCAUAAUGUCCGCCUGGAAUCCCAUUGAUAUACCCAAAAUGGCACUGCCGCCUUGCCACUGCCUGGUGCAGUUCUAUGUGGCCAAUGGUGAACUCUCCUGUCAGCUUUAUCAACGCAGCGCCGACAUGGGUCUGGGCGUUCCCUUCAACAUUGCAUCCUAUGCGUUUCUUACCUAUAUGAUAGCCCAUGUCACGGGCUUGAAGACAGGCGACUUUAUCCAUACGCUUGGCGAUGCUCAUGUCUAUAAGAAUCAUGUGGAGCCAUUGAGAGAACAGCUCAAACGUGUGCCGAAGUCAUUCCCCAAACUUCAAAUUGUGGGCGAGGUUAAGAAUAUUGAGGACUUUACCUAUGAGCACUUCAAGAUAGAAGAUUACGACCCAGCGCCUGUCAUUAAAAUGGAUAUGGCCGUUUAAAAGUUUUAAUA